AUGGUGGAGCUUCUAGAUGACUUAGCUUCGUGCCCACGAGGUGCUGAAAUAAGUAGCAGUAAUAAAGAUGACGAACUUCUUGAGUUUAAUCCGGUCAAUUUACCAGUGAAUGAUGAAUUCGUAGAUCUGACUAGAUAUUUUGUUAAAGAUAUCAACAUUAACGAGUUUGAGAAAGAAACAGAGAUUAGUAAUGGGAGCCAUGAGCAUCCGUUACUUCUUUUCGAUGUGCAAAAUAUCAAUGAGGUGAAGGAUGAUAAAAUCUUAUGUAAUGCUUGUGUGCAACCUAUCUCCCUUCCAUUUUACGGCUGUCGUCAAUGCAAUUACUUUGUGCACUUAGGUUGUGCCCACUUACCACAGGAGGUUCAACACCCAAGUCACCCUGAACACUUGCUUGAGCUUGGGAGAUCCAGUAACAUCUAUUCGGGCAACAUGUGUCACUGUUGCAACAUGAAUAGCAAUGGAUUAUUCUACUGGUGUCAAACUUGUGAAUUCUAUGUUGAUAUCAAAUGUGCUUUUCUACCUAGCACUAUCAAACAUGAAUCUCACAAGCACCCCCUAGUUCAAACUGAAGGUUCACAUCAUGUUUGCAAGUCAUGUAAUCACGAGUCCUCAAGGUUCAUAUUCAGAUGUGAUACUUGCAACUUCAAUCUGGACUACGAUUGUGCUCUGUUCCCAAAAACUAUCAAGCACAGGUGGGAUCGGCAUCCCUUUAUCUUGACCUAUCAUCCUCCCAAUGAUCAUCUUGACGAAUUUUAUUGUGAAUUUUGUGAGGAAGAAAUAAACCCAAGGUAUUGGAUGUACUAUUGUCAUCAUUGCGACCAAUCUUUUCAUGUUAGAUGCAUUUAUGACAAAUUCUCAAAAAUCAAGUUUGGAGGCACCCUACAAAUUGAU